UACCUUAAAUUGCUUGUCACUCGAGGGUAUUUAUGUUUAGGUUUACUGGCAAUGAACCCUAUACCAGUACAUGGAUAAACAUAUAAGCGACAAAAUCAUUUCCGUAUUCAUAAGGAAUCACUGUUAAAAGUCCAUUGUACGGUUAUGACUAUAUCACGAGCAUGACUCAAUAUCAUCUAUAUUCACCUGACUCCAUACAUUUGUGCAUCUAUUCAGCCGAAAAACAACUUCCUAAUGCUACCACCUGAGCCCGAGGAAAUGUGUGAAUGAAUCAAUUACAACCCACAACCCCCUAAUGCUGCUUCUCAACAAACCUCAUUUGUCAAUACAUCAGGAAAGCGCUCACCUAUACAUAACUACGUUAGCAGCGAGACUGGUAACUGAAGUAAAUGAUAUACAUAAAUAUGAUUGGUUCAGAAUGAUGUCAUAUAGGAUUAGCCAAUCGCGAAAGGCCAUUUUAAUACGUCAUAUCGCACUCUAUGAAUAGCCUAUUUCCCACGAAUUCAUUUUGACGCUUCAACUCAGUGUACAAUGUCCUACAACCAGACAUGUGCCGGCUAGUACUGUCAGGGCUUCUGUGGUGUAUUUGUGCCGGUCUCGCCUAUGGCUCGGGGGAGUGUCCCCAAGGAACGUACCGGGAUUUCGGCUCUGGACACUGUGACCCGUGUUCUGAUAUAUGCGAGUAUAUGAAGAUAAAGAGAACUGAAGAGGACUGCCGGAAAAACUGUCCCGAUGACUUCCGACUGAACUUCGCUAGUAAUUCAGAAAAAGACAAUAAAGUUGGCACCAAGAAGACGACAGACAAAGAGGGAAGCAUUCUUCCUGCAGUGCUUUCUGUGUUAGCAGCGGUGGUCGUGGUCAGUGUGGUGCUGGCGCUUGUCGUUUAUCGUCGUGUUUAUGUCAGCCCUAGACACAGACCUAUACAACCAGCAAAUGAAACCCUGGUAGAGCUCCCUUCCAUUCCAUGCACUGAAGAAUCCGUCAGUGACUUCCAUGAAGUUCCUAUAGAAGAACAACCACUACCAACUGAAGAGGAAAAUAAGUUUCCCAUGGCAUUCUCUGAUCUCCCCUUCAGUGCCAGACAUGCCAGUAACCUGCACGGAUCUUACUGAGCCAGCUGGUUUAACUACUGGGGUAUUGGCAUUAUGCCACCUUUGUUUAAUUCGGGGCAGAGAAAAUCCCAUGCCUGUCCCAGGAGCCGACAAAUGAUCCGGAGUUUUCUUGAGGGGACCUUGGCGUUAAGCGUUAAUGUUCAAUGCGUGGAGAUCAGAAAGAUUACACAUCUAGAAACAACUAUAUCCAGUUGUCUUGCUUUACAGAGUUAAUGUGGAACAUCAAAGGACGAGAUAUUUUCGAUACUAACGCGAGAUCAUAUGCUGUAGAAUAGCACACGAAUAUUGAAACAGGAAGUGUGCUCCCUUCACGCCUCUCUAGAAAGUCUGUAGAAUGAGGAAGUGGGUGACCCAAAAUGACUUCAUGACAUGUUCAGCAAGUGUCCUAACGUGUAGUCGGGUGGUCCGGUAUGAGCUGACACUACAUAUUUUACAGAGGCAGAUCUAGAGGCAGAGCUCAAUUGAAUGUAUGUAUACAAGAGUGUGUCAAAUUGAGCAAACCACUCAGGAAUAUAUCACGACACUGCCACUGUUAUUUUUGUAUAUUCAUGUUUGAAUGUAUUUAGAUGUCAACAUGAACACGUAUGGCGAACGAAAGAAGUCUCUUAACCGAAUGUGUGUGAAGGAUAUUAAAAUGAAAUGUAUAAUUUGA